UCGCGACGUUUGCGUCUGCAGCCGGCGGGCCGCACAAGGUCACUGCUGUCAUCCUGCGGUGACCCGAACCGAGCCGAGCAGAGCCGAGCCAAGACGAAUAGAGCGGUCUGCUAGUGAGCGCUUUCUAGAAGCGACGACUGAACUCUGCGGUGCAUUUGUCAAAUUGAUCCAUAAAGCUAACUUUCUGUUACUCAGAGAUGGCUAGAGGAAACCGCAGCCGUCCCACAGCUCCAGCCAGCCCAGCUCCAUCCCAUGCUCCGGCCCCCGUUCACCCACCUCCAGCCGCCCUGGCCCCGGCUCCAGCUCAGUCCCAGGGACCAGGCCUCAUGGCCCAGAUGGCUACCACAGCUGCUGGGGUGGCAGUAGGCUCAGCUGUUGGCCACGUGGUUGGCAGUGCCCUUACAGGAGCGUUCAGUGGGGGCAGCAGCAGUCCAGAGCCAGCCAAACCUACAUACCAGGAGCCCCUUCGGCCUGCUCCAGCCCAGCCAGGCCCUUGUCACUUUGAGGUCAAACAGUUCCUGGACUGUGCCACCAACCAGAAUGACCUGAGUUUAUGUGAGGGCUUCAAUGAGGCACUCAAACAGUGCAAGUACUCCCAUGGUGUGACAUCACUGAUAUGAAGGAUGAGCCCCAGCUGUCACGAUGGACAUAUUUCAGUAAUGAAACACAUACUGUAGACUGUCGUGGACACAUACCCAUAUGAUUUAAUGACUCAAAAAUGUAAAUGCUGUACCUCAGGCAGUCAGCAUUCUGGUUUGUUUUGUAUGACAACUGUGAAAUAUAUGGAAUGUUUUUGGUAAUGUGUACAGUGAUUAAACUUUAAUAAACAGCUGCUACUAGCAAAUUCUGUCAA